UCAGCUCACAGCCCCAGACAGGUCCCCCAAGGCCUUCCCAUGGGUGGCUGCCCACAGGGACAGAGUUUAAUGUUGGCUCCAUAACAAAGCCUUAUCAGCAACCUUUAGCCGUGUUUGCUCAGAGCCUCUGGCCAUUGGGCAGCCUGGCCCGACCCCCAGGACAAGGUUCUGCUGCUGGCUCAGCACACGGCCAGGCCAGAGCACGUCCUGACAGCACGGACAGCGUCCAGCGAUGGAGGCCAGCGGUGACACGGAGGAGCCCCCCCUGCCUCUGGCACUGAGCAGGUUUCAGGUCUCCGAGGAGUUUGGCUUCCUGCUUCCCGACCCUCUGACAGAUCUGCCAGCACCCUACGGGCCCUGGAUGGACAUCGCCCGUGACCUGCCUCAGCUGAUCAGGAGUCACCAGCUCCGCUCACGUGUUCACCAGAUGCCGCAGCUGAGCACCCAGCACCUCCGAGGACGUGAGGAGCUGCACUUGGCACACCUGGUGCUCAGCUUCAUCACCAUGGGCUACGUCUGGCAGGAGGGCGAGGAGGGCACCGUGCAGGUCCUGCCCCAAAAUCUCGCUGUCCCCUUCUGGGAGGUCUCACAGGCCCUGGGCCUCCCGCCCAUCCUCAGCCACGCAGACUUUGUGCUGGCCAACUGGAGGAGGAAGGACCCCCAUGGGCCUCUGGAAAUUGAGAACCUGGACACGAUCAUCAGCCUGCCUGGGGGAGAGAGCCUGCGGGGCUUCAUCCUCGUCACCCUGCUUGUUGAGAAGGCAGCUGUGCCUGGCAUUAAGGCAAUCACCCAGGCCCUCGGGGCCAUCCUGCAGUGUGAUGAGGAGGCCCUGCACAGCGCCCUGGAGGAGCUGGCAGGAGCCAUCCAGGCGAUGAGAGCAGCACUGAGGCGGAUGCACGACUAUGUGGAUCCAGAAGUGUUCUACUCUGUGAUCCGGAUCUUUCUCUCUGGCUGGAAGGACAACCCUGCCAUGCCACACGGGCUCAUCUACGAGGGGGUGUCCCCAGAGCCGCUGGCGUUCUCGGGGGGCAGCGCGGCGCAGAGCUCGGUGCUGCACGCCUUCGACGAGCUCCUGGGGAUCUGCCACCGGCACGACUGCGCCGCCUUCCUGCACAGGAUGAGGGACUACAUGCCCCCGGCCCACAGAGCCUUCGUGGAGCGCGUCCGGGGCGCGUCCCUGCGGCAGCACGUGCUGGCCUCGGGGGACGCGCGGCUCCGCGCCGCCUUCAACCGCUGUGUGUCUGCCCUGGCCGAGCUGCGCUCCUACCACAUCACCAUCGUCACCAAGUACAUCGCCACGGCGGCCGCCAAGGCCAGGGCCCGGCGGGCACAGCCCGGCCCCGCCGCGGGAACAGCCCCGUCCGCCCUGGAGACCCAGGGAACCGGCGGCUCCCACAUCUUCAGCUUCCUGAAGAGUGUCAGGGACACCACCAGGGAGGGGCUGAUAAGUGCCUGA